AUGAGGCUAUACAAGCCUGCUCAACAAAUCUUCCAGAGACGCACCAAAACCUACAUUUGGGCGCUUCUCAUAUGCGUUUCUAUUCUCUUGGUGAAAAUUUCGUAUGCAAAGACCGGUGCUAGUGAUACUAAUGGUGAAGUUCCAGUUAGCUCGAAAGAAUUAACCACUACACGCCAUCACAUUAAAAGGUUUUUGAAAGCAGCAGCGGCGUUCACAAAAUCGAAGCAACAAAUACGGGAACUCCGGUCGACGAAUCUAGUAUUGAUUACUACUUUGGAUGGAGACUUGCACGGGGUUGAUCGCUACAACGGACAGAUUCUGUGGAGUUUAGAAGGUGUGGCUGGUGGUCCAUUGAUACGAACCUCUGCUACUAAUCAUCACCAAAGUCUUGUCGAUGAAGAGUAUUCGUCAGAUACUCAAGUGAGCAAAUUACAGGAAGAAGAUCUUGAUCAAGUGACUUAUAUUGUUGAGCCUACGAAUGACGGGAUCUUGUAUAUGUUCUCGCCGAAAUUGGGAUUACAGAAAUUUCCGUUCUCCAUUAAACAACUCGUAAAUCUUUCCCCAUUUCGCUCGGUCGACGGAAAAGUAUUUGUUGGCAGCAAGACCACAAAAUUUUUUGCUGUUGAUCCGCGGACAGGCAAGAUGCUUCAGUCGUUCGAUAGUGAAGGUGAUGAUGAGUGUCCGUCGGUGGGCGCGUUGCCAAAAGAUGCUUUAUAUUUGGGGAAAAAUGCGUACAAAAUAUCGAUAUUUGAUGGUAAAAGUAAAAAGCCAAUAUGGAAUGUUACUUAUAGCGAGUAUGUUCCUAAUAGUUUGGACGUUGAUGUUGAGAUUAACUACAAAACGUCACCUGAUGGUUUGUACAUUGCAUCGACUCACACGGGUGAAAUAUUGUCGACAGAUUCUGAGAAUGGUCAACAUGUUUGGUAUCAAAAAUUCGAUUCACCGGCCAUUAAUGUUUUUGAUGUGCUCGCUACUUCAGACUUGUCGAACGAUCUUCAUAUUGCCCGACAACCUCAGCCUCCGAAUAAAUAUUACAAACAAAUUAAUAGAUUGUCUCCGUCACCUGCAACCUCUGCAUACAUUGACCGUAUUGAAGACGGCGAUAGCCUGUUUGUAAUGUCCGCUGAAAACUUCCCGAUGACACGAUUCAUGCGAAUGUCAAAAUGGGCAGGAAUUUCCUCACCAGCCACCAAAUACGAUCAUUAUCGAUUGAAUGGUGAAUCAGAGUUGACAGAAGACAACGAAAAAGAGUAUUGUCAUCCCAGAUCGAAAACUUUUCUAGAUUGCUUGAUUGGAAAUCAUAUUUUGAGCCCAACUGAUAGACGACUUCUCGAUCCGGAUUCAAGCAUCCCGAGUCACGUGAACUCAGUAACGUUCCGGUAUAUUGAUAUUCCGAAACCGCGUACAUUGUUUCAAGCAGGUUUAUCUUGGGUGAUUAUCUUGCUGUUUGUAGGUUUUGUGUUGUAUUGGAAUAGAAGACAACAGAACGGUGGUAGAGUUACUUUUAUUGGACGUGUAAUCACAAAAUUUACCAGUAAAUUCACCAAAAGAAAACAGAAUAAAUAUGGAAUAUUGGAUUCUACGGGUGUUGAAAAUGUAAUUUCGUUUAAAUCGAAAAAAAGCAAAAAGAAAGAUCGAUCAAAAGGAGCAACCAAUAAUAUUAAUACGAAAAAACAAGACAUUAAAGACGAGGAUCAAGAAAAGGCAAUAUCCUCGAAUAUUGCGUCAAAAGAAGUAAUACCGAAUACCGACAGUGUUUCAAGAACAGUCACUUUUAAUCCCAAUGCUAAUGCGGUUUCAAUGGUGAAUUCUGACCAGGCUAUUAAUAUAUUAACACCAACAAAUACUACUAAUACCAUCCCAAUAAUAACAAAUUCAUCAACAUCAACAAUAACGCCAAAUCACGGGACUAUUGUAUAUAAAGGAACUUUUGAAGGCCGUGAUGUCGCAGUAAAACGAUUACUUCUUGAUUUCUAUGAUAUUGCUCAUCACGAAGUAUCACUUCUCCAAGAGAGUGACGAUCACUCGAACGUGAUUCGCUACUACUGUAAAGAACAAUGCGAUCGUUUUCUAUAUAUUGCCCUCGAAUUAUGUCCAGCCUCGUUAUAUGACGUAAUCGAAAAAGGAUCAAGUUUCCGGUACGCUGAGCUAUUGGAAACACUUAAUCCACCGAAAAUUCUAUAUCAAAUUGUUUCCGGGCUGCAUCAUUUGCAUUCAAUGAAAAUUGUGCAUCGUGAUAUAAAACCACAGAACAUUUUAAUAGCCUCGUCAAAAUAUAAACGAAUAAUUAAAAAAGACGGUGGCGGUAGUAAUAGUAAUGGUGUACCAAUGCAACAACCUUGUGUUGCCAGAGUUUUAAUAUCAGAUUUUGGGCUAUGUAAAAAAUUAGAAGGUGACACAAGCAGUUUUCAUAAUACGACAAACAAUGCAGGUGGGACGAUUGGUUGGCGAGCACCAGAAUUAUUAUCACCUUUGUUACCGACGACAUCCACUGAAGAUGAAGCUCCUACUAAUGACCCAUGGGUGUCAGUGGAUCGAUUAAAUGAUAAUUCUUUUACAUCGUCGUCUGGUUCGGAUCAUGGUGGUAACAAUAAUGGUCAACCUCGACGUGUGACAAAGGCGAUAGAUAUUUUCUCAGCGGGUUGUUUAUUCUAUUAUGUGUUAUCGGGUGGCGAGCAUCCGUUUGGUGAUCGGUAUUCGAGGGAAGUCAAUAUAUUAAAAGGUGUUUAUGAAUUAAAUAAAUUGGAUGAUAUGGGUGAAGCAUGUGUUGAAGCCCGUGAUUUAAUUGAGCGAAUGAUUGAACGAGAUCCUAAAAAGAGACCAAGAGCCUCAACAGUAAUGAUACAUCCAUACUUUUGGGCACCAUCAAAACGAUUAUCAUUCCUUCAAGACGCAUCAGAUCGUUUCGAGAUAGAAGAACGUGAUCCACCUUCACCAUUACUCCAACGUCUAGAAACUGAUGUAGUCAGUGUCAUUGGCCCAGAUUGGUACCGACGAAUCGACCGAGUACUCGUUGAUAAUCUUGGAAAGUAUCGAAAAUACGAUGGUUCGCGAAUUCGUGAUUUAUUAAGAGCGCUGAGAAAUAAGAAACAUCAUUAUCAAGAUCUGCCGGAACAUGUAAAGAAAUCGCUGGGCGAAGUUCCUGAAGGCUUUCUUUUCUAUUUCACUUCACGAUUUCCAAAAUUGCUGCUUCACGUUUAUUACGUAAUUUCGGAAAACGAGUCGUUGAGAAAUGAAAGCAUGUUUAGGCAUUAUUUUGAAAUACCGGGUGAAAUGUAA